GCUGACCAGCGGGAAGGGAGGACGUAUCGCACUGUGUCUCGCCCAGGCAGGGGGGGCGAGUGGACAUUCAUACUGCUGGUGAUCAAGGAGGGACACAUCACCCCCUGUGUCUCGCUCAGACGGGGCCACAUUCUACUGGUGACUGAGGGAGGACACAUUACCUCCUGUGUCUCGCCCAGGCGGGGACACAUACUUCUUGGGGAGGACACAUCAUAGGCCGCGGCAGAGCUCUGUCUCGCCCAGGCGGGGACACAUUUUUUUGGGAGGACACAUCAUAGGCCGCGGCCGAGUUCUGCGCCUCCCCUGUGUCUCGCCCAGGCGGGGACACAUUUACUUCUUGUGUCUAUGACUAAAAAGGGCCCCCAGGCAAAGUGGCUGUGAAGUAUCAGAAGUGGCUUAGUGCAGCAAACAGGGGCCAAGGCAAGCAAAAGUGGCCCGUUGUAAGCAGUGUGUAGUGGCCCUCUAAAAGUAGCCCUUGCAAAGUUUUUAAAAAAGUGGCCAUCACAUAUUAAAAGAAAGUGGUCUUUGCAAAAUAAAAAAUAAAAAGUGGCCAUCACAAAGAAAAAAAAGUGGUCAUUGCAAAGUAAAAAAAAAAAAGUGGCCAUUAGACAAAAAAAUAAGUCAUCAUUGCAAAAGUAAAAACAUGCUGAUUACAAAGUGAAAAAAGGUGUCCAUUGCCAAAUAAGAAGUAACUCUUGUAGAACAGAUAAAGUGGCCCUGGGCAAAAAAGUGAACUUGAUCAAAAAGUGGCUUGGGCAAAAAAGUGAACUAGUACAGUGAGUGGCCAUGUACAGUGAAAUAUAGUGAAGUGACUGUUGUACACAUUGAAUGGCCAAGUGGUGCGAUGAACCUAGUGGUGAUCGUGCUCUGAAAAGGGUCACCCAGACUUAGUUCAGCAUGCACUGUCACUCGUUAAUUCUUCGUGCUGUAAUGACCAGUCCUUCACGCUAAAACAAACCUAAGAGACUAAUCUACAGGAAGCUUGACCCCUUUUUGCACCAUUUGUCAAAAGACUUGACUUCCAGGAGGUGACAUGUCAACUGUGGUCAACGGACACCGAGAAGGGGAAGGAGGCAGGAGAGGGGUAGGAGGAGCAGGACCAAGCUCAGGGUCAGGUCGCAUCCCCCCCUCCCGAGGCCGCCCUCCACAUGGCCACAUACUGCCCACUCUGAGCUUCAGUGCCUCCACACCCACUGAAGAUGAGGACCCCUUAGACCAUGAUCCGGUGUUGGCUAUUGACUCACCACUCUGGGAACAGCCUGAAGUGGAGGUGGUGGUGCAUGAACCCACCCCUCACCACCACCAGAACCAUGACCCAUCACCACCACACCCACGACCAUCAUUCCGUGAAGAGGAGGAGGAGGAGGAGGGGAAUGAGAACACUCCACUCUUGUCCUCUGAACGGGGUGCUAGUAUCAUGACCAGCGUGGAGUGCAAUCACGCGGAGGAAGAAGCCAGUGAGAGGGUGCCCCUGCUAAGUGGAUGUUUCAGUGGUGGAGCGAGUGCCACUGGGCUCACUUUGCCACUUAAUCUCUCUAGAAGGCCAUCCUCACAUGUAGGCAUGAUGACUAGCACUAUCGGCCCACCUCAGGAUAUGUCAACCUCCAUUGCAACCUUUCUCAGUACGCGACUCGUUCCCAGGCACCACGAACACAGUGUGAGUGCCCAGGAUGGUGUUGAGGAGUGUGAGGGCCAGGAGGGGCUGAGGGAGGUGGCGGGCAGACUGGUCAAGGAGGUGCUUCAGCGGGCAAAGGAACAGGCCGCCCUCAGCAGAAAGGUUUCGGCGGACGAGCGUCUGAUGGAGGUGGUGCGAGGCUUCGUGAAUGAGAUCUUGAUUCACGCCAAGGCCGAGGCGUACGACAGCAUGUGUCACGUACAGAACAAUAACAAUAACCUCAUGGCGGGCAAGGAGGACACUGCAGCAUCCGGACACAUCCCAUCCAGCACGGACGCCAGCCACAGCCUCGCCUCCCCCUCCGAGAGCAGACCCUACCGCCGGGGUGGCCCAUGGUACGUACAGAUGGGCCGUGUUUUUUCCUCAUUUCUCUCCCGCAUCUGUCCCUGUCGGUGCCCCACCAAGCCAUGAGGUCUGGCCACUCCCUCCCUGUCCCUUCGUGCCGUUGCCAAUGCUAUGGGGGACUGGGUAUAGGCGUGGCGUUGAAACUCCUGCGGGAAAUGUGGUUACGGGAUUAUGGGAUUGCUUGGGAAGGGAGUGGAUAUGCGUUUGGUGAAGAUGGGAAUGGUGUGGUCCGUCUCUCUGUAUCCCUUCAUCUGCUGUAAUUGAUGGGGUGUUAGUGUGGAAAUGGGAGAAACGGGCUGAGGACAUGUGAUGGGAAAUGGUCUAGUCUGCCUCUGUGUCCCUUCAUCAGUCUCAUAACAAACUGGAAAUGGUCUAGUCAGAAUGUCGUAGCCGACUGGGAAUGGUCUAGUCAUUAUACUUGUCCCCUCGUCAAUAUCGUUACGGACUGGACGUAAAGAAUUGUAAAGUUAGCCAAAGGAAAUGUGCCUGGAAAUGGUCUAGUCAGUGUCCUCAUACCUUCGUCAAUAUUGUAACAGACUGGGAAUGGUCUAGUCAUUAUACUUGUCCCCUCGUCAAUAUCGUUACGGACUGGACGUAAAGAAUUGUAAAGUUAGCCAAAGGAAAUGUGCCUGGAAAUGGUCUAUUCAGUGUCCUCAUACCUUCGUCAAUAUUGUAACAGACAGUGAAUGGUCUAGUCAUUAUACUUGUCCCCUUGUCAAUAUCGUUACGGACUGGAUGUAAAGAAUUGUAAAGUUACCCAAAGGAAAUGGUCUAUUCAGUGUCCUCAUACCUUCGUCAAUAUUGUAACAGACUGGGAAUGGUCUAGUCAUUAUACUUGUCCUUUCGUCAAAUUAUUCCUCUUUACUGUCAAUGAACAAUGUUACAGACACAAACAAAAAUACAGGGCGUAUAAGCCCUCAAAAGAGCAUGAGUUUAUAUACGUACUAAACACUUCCCUAAGAGGUACAUACAUAUAUAUACUAAACACUGUACGGGUUAAGGUAUAAGGAAGGUCAUUGUUGUCAUAGCAGAAGGGGCAGCAAACUGAACUAACCAAAUGAUAUGAAAACGAGACAAACUAAAGGAAGAAAUAGGUCUUUUAAGGUAUAAGGAAGGUCCAUUAUAGGCAUAGAAGAAGGGACAGCAAACUAAACUACACAGUGGAACCAAAUAACAUGAAUACAAGAGAAGCUAAAGGAAGAAAUAAGUCUUUUAAGGCGUAGAAGAAUGGACAGGAAACUAAACUAACCAAAUGAUAUGAAAACAAGACAAGCUAAAGGAAGAAAUAGGUCUUUUAAGGUAUAAGGAAGUCCAUUAUAGGCGUAGAAGAAUGGACAGGAAACUAAACUACACAAUGGAACCAAAUAAUAUAAAACUAAGAUAAGCUAAAGUCUAUUAUGGAGGCAAAUUAAGCUUAUGUACAUAUAUAUAGGAGUGGGAAGGUAGAGGAGACUUAAUACUGACUGGCUGGUUGGCGGGUUAUCUGGUAGUAGACAAACAUCUAUUAUUAAACCGUGUAUGGUGACCUGACCUGACCUGACCUCUCCAUGCCAGCCAGUCAGCCCCUUCCACUCAUUAUUGCCACUUGGUGCUCAUCCUGUACUUCAAGAUUUCACCCCAAAAAGUUUUCAUUUCAUCCUUUGCCACCAUUACCCAAGUUUGUGUGUGUGUGUGUGUGUGUGUGUGUUCUCAUCUUGUGUUAGCCCCAGCAGGCUCUUUUCUGCCUUCUGCUCAUGAGAAUUAACCUUGUAUCAUCAGAGAAGAACAAAACUGCUCCUAUCUAAGAAUUAUAUUUUUUUCACAGAAGUAUUUUCUUAAACUAUUUUUUGCCUUUGGUGACUGUGAUUGAGCAACUUGGACAUUUUAGUGGUGCAUCAAAUGGUUCAUAUUCUCUGCGAGUCUGUUUAGUAGCCUGCUGCGUACAGAAAUGUUCAUGAUAUUGGCAAGCUGUCAUGUCUUAAGGAGACAGCCUUGCCAUGCUUCUAAUAGCCAUGGCAUUGGUGAUGGAGGCUGUAUGAUUAAGGGUGUGUAAUGGACCAAAUUGAAGAGAACAUAUCAAAAGAACAACUAUGCAGCUUGAACGCUUCAUUCUGUGCAGGAUACACGCAUAGGGUGAGAGAGUUAGGUGGUGGUGGUGGUGGUGGCAUUCUCAUACAUGUAAUGGAGUAUUGCAUACAUACAUUUGUGCGUACAUAUAUCAAUCUUUGGAUGCAGCUGAAUCAUAUAUGGAUUAGAGGGUGUAUGUAUAGCAAGGCUUGGCCAACCAUGUAGAUCAGUAGCAACCUCACACAUUUUUAUUAAUGCAUUAUUUUAUUAAGCUUAAUAUGACAAAGUUUUCUGACUGUUAACACGCUGUUCAUGGGUCUUGUACUUUUACUUUACCUUACACCUUUAUUAGAGUACCUUUGCACAAUCGGAGCUGCCUCACUGUUAUCAUAAUUUCCAUUCCACUUUAAGGUCAAGGAAAUGGAUAGUGUUAUGGAGUUGGAGAAAGAAAAUACUGACGUUAGCUCAUACUCCAGGAAUUUUUAAACCUCCGACUCCUACACCAGAGUUAUUAUUAUUAUUAUUGCUUGUAUGUAAAUUAACAUUGCCUAUAGCCAACUCAUGUAAAAGUCAGUCUCGUUGAAACAGUUGCCUCCCACCCAUGGGUAUAACGUGCUCACUGGAGGAAGACAGGGAUAGAGAAUUAUUAUCUAUAGAAAGGUUGAACUCCCUCACCAAGGCUGCGAUAUUCUCCAUUGAGGGAUAACUUCACCCCAUCAAAAAAGCACAUACUGUUAUCCAUGAAAAAGUUAACCCAUGUCACAGACUUUAAUAUUCUCCAUUGUGGAUGAAUUUACCCCCUGAAGAUAAUGACCCUGUGAAAUUUAACCCCUUCCAAGGCUAUAUAAUAUUCUCCAUCAGCAUAAUAAUUUAGCCCAAGAUAACAGGCAGCAUUGAGGACAGUUCACCCUUGAUGCUAUAUUUCAGUGUACCAAGUCCUCAUUUAUAGAGCUAUAAUACUCCAAAUUAUUAAGAUGUAUUUUGAAGCCUCUAGAUUUUUUUAAUACUACAGCUGUGUGUUUUCUUCUAACCUGUUUAUAUGGGAAACCUUGAAGAAGAAAAAAGUGAUCUAUUUUAAAUGUACCAAAUUCAUAUAUUUACACAUAUUUUCCAGUGUGAUAAGAUAAACAUUUUGAAGGCUCUAAAGUUUCCUGUUAAAAUUGACCUUCAGAAGUUUGACCAAAGAAUAAAUUUAAGCUUCAAAGUAGUAGUAAUAGUAGUAGUGGUAGUAGUAGCAGCACCAGCAGGAGUAGGAGUAGUAGUACAGUACCCUCUCGAGUUUCGCGAUCCUUGAGUUUUGCGUUUAGUCCUAAAUUCUUACCAUCACGAUAUGUGAAGAAAUGGAGGAGCACAAUGAGUUUUAAGUACCUUGGAUCAGUUAUGUGUAAGCAUGGUGGUGUGGAGGGAGAUAUAAGAGAAAGGGCAUUGCAAGGAAGAAGGGUGGUAGGGUCUUUGGGACGAAUCAUGAAUGGCAGAAGUGUGAGCAUGGAGGUAAAGAGGGAUUUGAGAAAUACAAUAAUAGUACCAACCCUCACAUAUGCAAGUGAAACGUGGGCCUGGAAUGAAAGUCAGAGGUCUAGAGUGCAGGCAGUGGAAAUGAGUUAUUUGAGGAGUGCUUGUGGUUAGAGUAGAAUGGAUGGAAUGAAUAAUGAAAGUGUGUACGAGCAUUUUGGAAUGUGUCACAGGGGUGAAGGGAAGAAGUGUGGAGUGCUGGAAGAAGUGAAGCGACAGACUUUGAAGUGGUUUGGCCACAUGGAGCGAAUGGAGGAGAGUAAGAUGACCAGAAGGGUGUAUGUGAGUGAGAUAGAGGGAGGGAAUGCUAGAGGACGACCUCCAGUGAAAUGGAGGGAUAGGGUGCAAGAGUAUGUUAGGGAGAGGGGGGAAAGAUCUUUGAGAAACUUUGAGCAUGCAAGGACGGAGUGUCUGGAUAGAGAAAGUUGGAAGCUUUUCUGCCGUGGCCAUCCCCUGGUGGGAGCUCCUAGGAGCAGGCAUCGAUGAAAUGAUGAUGAUGAUGAUGACGAGAGUAAAGUCGAAAAAAAUUGCGAUAACAAGGGAGUCAAGUUGAAAAAAAAAAAUAAUAAUCUUUUUCCAUGGACCGGAACCAAUAAGCGCUUUUUCAUGUAUUUCAAUACCUCGAGUUUCGUGAUCCUCGAGUUUAGCGCCAUACCUUCGGAAUGAAACAAGCGCGAAACUCGAGAGGGUACUGUAUAGUCAGACUCAGCUGUGAAAUCCUUUUGGGCAGAGUCUGCAUGGGGUAUUCCCAUGGCUCAGUGCUACCAGACCUACCCUUGAAGGUGGAAAUGUGAAGUCUAUCAACUCUCUCUCCUCUAAAAAGUACCUGUUCACAUUAUAAAUAAGUUCUUUCUCGACUGUGGAGCAAAAAAGCGAACGAGUGUCAUACCAACAGAUAAUUGUUAAGCAUUACCUUCAUUUAAUUCGUAAUAUUGAUCUUUGUGCCUCCCUUCAGACUCUGUAUAGUUCCUCAGUCUGUCUUAUCAGCUGGUGAUGAAGUCUCAGUCUGUCUUAUCAGCUGGUGAUGAAGUAUUGCCAUCAUCUUCUUCAUAACCAUCUCCAGGCAUAUCUCUUUCAAACUCUAUCUGUGUGACUUCCCGAUCCUUCGUUGUGAUUCUCCUUCCACACUCCUAGUGCAAUUGUGAAGGGGACUAAGAUAACAGACAAAAAUGUACAUAAACCAAGCUUUGUAGGUCAGCAGCCAGUCAGUAGUGGGAUGUUUACAUAAGCCUCACCGAGAAGUGUCCACUUCAUCUUUGCUUUCUGUAGAUAUGUAACUCAUAGUCAUUACAUUACUCCCCCAUUCAUUCAGGUAUUAGUGUAAUAUGUAACUUCUGGCACACACACUCAAAUCAAGAGAUGCUCCGCUCUAAACAAGCCCUCAUUGAAUCAUAAAGUUACAAGUGCCAGGGUAGAGACUGGACAAGCAACAGAUUGGCUCUAUGAAACAUCCUCGUGUUGUGUGGAGGUUUUACAUCAUCGAAGGUUACAGGCUCUAGUGAGAUUUAGUGGGAUUAGAUUUACAAGAGAAGCUGUGACUGAUAGCCCACGUAUAUAUAGAACUGGCACUUGCAACCCUGUGAUUCAUAAGGGCUUGAAUGACCCUUUGUAAGUGUAUUAAGAAAAACCGUAACUGCUAUCCUACGUAUGUAAUGUAAAGUACUACCAGCAUAACAGAAAUUGGCACUUGCAACCGUGUGAUUCGUAAGGGCUUGAAUGACCCUUUGUAAAUGUAUUAAGAAAAACCGUAACUUCUAUUGUAUGUAUGUUAUGUAAAGUACCAACAUCAUAACAGAAAUCAGCACUUACAACUCUGAUUCUUGAAGGCUUGAAUGACCUUUUGUAAAUGUAUUAAAAGAAGCUAUAACUGCUAUCCUAUGUAUGUAAUGUAAAGUACUACCAGCAUAACAGAAACACUCCUAUAAGGGGCUAUUUUCCCUCUGUCAGAACCCAAGGCAGCCACUCUAUAUAGUCUCCUUAUUCCCCUACACUGUCCGCGCCUUUUCGUACUGCCUUUGGUGUGGCUAGACAUACGUUCGGUGUUCUGUCGGCACUUGCAGCAGCCUUGUGUAUUAUAACAGGUAGCAGAUAAAGGGAAAAAGAUUGUUGCUAUUAUAUAAAGUGUCUGUCAGAUGCGUAGGACUUUGAUCAUUCUUGUUUUCGUGCAGCCGAGGUUUGUUAGAUAGAUGUUUUCCUUUACAUAUAUUUAUAGGUGAUAUUUUUGCUGCGUUAUGUUAGCAAUCACCGCAAUGUUUUCCUUUAGUUUCCCCUUACCUGAGAGAGAGAGAGAGAGAGAGAGAGAGAGAGAGAGAGAGAGAGAGAGAGAGAGAGAGAGAGAAAUGAAAUGUAUAUGGAGGAAAAAUUAGAGAAAGAGAAAAAAGGGAAGAGAGAGAGAGAGAGAGAGAAAAUUGAUCAAUCAGUGAGGGACGAUGCUCUCUCUCUCUCUCUCUCUCUCUCUCUCUCUCUCCUCCCUCUCCCUCUCUCUCUCUUUCUCUCUCAAAUCCAGUAGCUCUUGCAUGCUUUUCUGAGUCCGUCAACACUUUGCUCCAUUCAGUAACCCACAUUACUAUAGAUCAAACUCUAUAUAGCAUUGAAUGUUACACUACAUUUUAGGAGCCCUUCUACAGGCCUUAUCCCUCUCCUUUCUUCCCCUUCCAACCAUGACCUGUGUACUGAAUGUGCCUAAUAGCUGAGAGUAUGUGUAAAGUGAUUCUGAUUCUCUCUCUGUGUUAUGGUGUGUUGUGAGUGUUCCAGCAGCAAUAACUCAAUUUCCUGGAGUUAAUAAGAUGGGGAGGCAUGUAUGACAGUGCUGGGAGUCCUUAUUUCUCAGACUAACAGGACAGAGUAGGGAUAUGUGAGACCAGAUAGAACUAGGGACUUACAAAGGGUAGAGGUGUGCUACAGUCUAUUAAUCAUUAUAUAUAGUCCAAAGCAUUGCUGGUGGGAUUGGGUUAAAGUACACACACACACACACACACACAUAUAAAAAGUUACCCAGUGUGGCAGAUUAAAUGCAAGAGAUGACUGGACAAUGAGUACAACUAUAUAUGUACUGUAAACACACAUACACUGUUCAUUUAGACUGUACACAUUGAAAGCUGGGACAAAAUGAUCAGUGGGGAGAUUAGCACAAUGUCGUAUACUGUAAAUGCACAAACUGUUAUUAUCAAAGCUGUAUGCCCAUUGAUACCUAGCACAAAGUUAUGUUUGGUAAAUAGAACAAGAAUACAGUUAAUAAGUCCGUACACAGAUUAAGUGACGUACAGAAAAUGGGAAGAUUAGCACAAUGAUAUAUACUGUAACCACACGUAAACUGUUAUUAUCAAAGCUGUAUGCCCAUUGAUACCUAGCACAAAGUUAUGUUUGGUAAAUAGAACAAGAAUACAGUUAAUAAGUCCGUACACAGAUUAAGUAACAUGCGCUUAAUGGAAAGAUUAGCACAAUUUUAUAUACCGUAACCUCACGUAAACUUAAUAAUAAAGCUAUAAGCCCAUUGAAACCUAUCACAAAGAACAAGAAUACAGGUAAUUAACAAGCACAAUAAAUAGCUGAAAUGCAAAUCGAGUCAUGUUGCAACUUACCGAGACCCUCCAAACUCAAGUACUGCAUGUUUUUCCCCAUAUUUCCUAAGUCCCACAAAUUGAGGUGAUAAAACUGAACUGCUACAUGUAAAUAAGGUGUUCCUAGGGGUUUAGGGAUCUUGUGUGUGUGAGGGCAGGGACGUCAGGCUGGGUCAUCAUAUAGAGAUGUCCUGUCUACCAAUGCUGUAUCAAGGCUGUACUGUCAUUUGGACUUGGAUAGCCAUUAGAUGUGAUCAUUGGGCUCCCAGAAUGGUCAUAGAUGCUUGUACAGUCAUCCAGGUAGCCUAUUGGUAUUCAGGUGGGUGUAAGUGGUCACAGAGAAGUCCCAUGUGGUUUUGCAGUCAUCCAGGCAACCAGUAGACAUGGUUAGAUAUUUAAACGGAUGAAUGUGGCUUCAGAGAAGUCCCACGUGGUUGUACAGUCAUCCGGGCAGCCACUAGACUUGAUCAAGGUGUUUAUAUUUGUUCAGGUUGAUGAGAGUGGUCACAGAGAAGUCCCAUGUGGUUGUACAGUCAUCUGGGCAGCCACUAGACAUGAUUAGGUGUUUAAACGGAUGAGAGUGGUCGCAGAGAAAUCCCUUGUGGUUGUACAGUCAUCCGGGCACCCAGUAGACAUGAUUAGGUGUUUAAACAAAUGAGAGUGGCUGCAGAGAAGUCCCAUGUGGUUGUACAGUCAUCUGGGCAGCCAGUAGACAUGAUUAGGUGUUUAAACGGAUGAGAGUGGCCGCAGAGGAGUCCCAUGUGGUUGUACAGUCAUCCAGGCAACCAGUAGACAUGAUUAGGUGUUUAAACGGAUGAAUGUGGCCACAGAGAAGUCCCACGUGGUUGUACAGUCAUCCAGGCAACCAAUAUCUCCCCUCCCUUCCCUUCUCUUCUACCCCUUUCCCCUCCUUCUCCUCCACUUCCCUUCUAUUUCCUCCUCUUCCCCCUCCACUCUUUCCUCUCCUCUUCUCUCCUUCCCUCCUUCUCUUCCCCUUCCAUCCCUCCCCAAACCUGUAUUGACAAAGGGUGAUCAGAUCUUGAAAUGUGAAGCAACAACACAUUUUAACUAGAUUAACGACCCCACAGAGAAAUAAGGUGUCUGAAAUCGGUCACUGUCUUCAUUUCGUGCCAUAAAAACAUGUCCUGCCCGUGUCGCUCACUGGAACACACAGCUGACCUCUGUGUGUGUGUGUGUGUGUGUGUGUGUGUGUGUGUGUGUAGAGGGUCGUUCACGUUUGUUUUGCUUAAGAAUUUUAUAAUAUGUUGACGUGAUGUUGCUCUGUAUGUGAAGGGAGGGCCACUGGAGGUAAUGUGAAGGUUUAACAUAAUAUCCAUUCCAUGUUGCAAUUUCUGUCGUGUAUUGACAUUUGUAACAAGACAGAUCAGUAGAUGGAGGAUGAGAGAGAGAGAGAGAGAGAGAGAGAGAGAGAGAGAGAGAGAGAGAGAGAGAGAGAGAGAGAGAGAGAGAGAGAGAGAGAGAGAAAUCAGAAUCUCUCUCUCUCUCUCUCUGUGUGUGUGUGUGUGUGUGCUCUUAUCAAUUCUUAUCUCUCCAGGACUGAUUCAUGUUCACAAUGUGUUAGACUGCACCACAUUUUAUCACACAAUUCCUAAAACUUUUGUGACAGUGUUGUUUUUGCCCACAAGAUUUCAUUCAUUAAAACAUUCCAGUUGUUAAGUCCAUGUCAAUCUUUUUUCUUUCUCUUUUUUUCAUUCUUGUUUCAUUUGGUAAAGUAUUCCAUUGAUGACUUGUUAACUCUGACAAUCUCUUUUUCCUCUUCUUCUUGUUUCAUUUGGUAAAGUAUUCCAUUGAUGACUUGUUAACUCUCUGUGACAAUUUCUUUUUCCUCUUCUUUCUUGUUUCAUUUGGUAAAGUAUCCCAUUGAUGACUUGUUAACUCUCUGUGACAAUCUCUUUUUUCUCUUCUUGUUUCAUUUGGUAAAGUAUUCCAUUGAUGACUUGUUAACUCUCUAUGACAAUCUCUUUUUCCUCUUCUUCUUGUUUCAUCUGGUAAAGUAUUCCAUUGAUGACUUGUUAACUCUCUAUGACAAUCUCUUUUUCCUCUUCUUCUUGUUUCAUCUGGUAAAGCAUUCCAUUGAUGACUUGUUAACUCUCUGUGACAAUCUCUUUUUCCUCUUCAUCUUCUUGUUUCAUUUGGUAAAGUAUUCCAUUGAUGACUUGUUAACUCUCUGUGACAAUCUCUUUUUCCUCUUCUUCUUGUUUCAUUUGGUAAAGUAUUCCAUUGAUGACUUGUUAACUCUCUGUGACAAUCUCUUUUUCCUCUUUUUCUUGUUGUUUCAUUUGGUAAAGUAUUCCAUUGAUGACUUGUUAACUCUCUGUGACAAUCUCUUUUUCCUCUUCUUGUUUCAUUUGGUAAAGUAUCCCAUUGAUGACUUGUUAACUCUCUGUGACAAUCUCUUUUUUCCUCUUCUUGUUUCAUUUGGUAAAGUAUUCCAUUGAUGACUUGUUAACUCUCUGUGACAAUCUCUUUUUCCUCUUCUUCUUGUUUCAUUUGGUAAAGUAUUCCAUUGAUGACUUGUUAACUCUGUGACAAUCUCUUUUUCCUCUUCUUCUUCUUGUUUCAUUUGGUAAAGUAUUCCAUUGAUGACUUGUUAACUCUGUGACAAUCUCUUUUUCCUCUUCUUCUUCUUGUUUCAUUUGGUAAAGUAUUCCAUUGAUGACUUGUUAACUCUUUAUGACAAUCUCUUUUUCCUCUUCUUCUUGUUUCAUUUGGUAAAGUAUUCCAUUGAUGACUUGUUAACUCUUUAUGACAAUCUCUUUUUCCUCUUCUUCUUGUUUCAUUUGGUAAAGUAUUCCAUUGAUGACUUGUUAACUCUCUGUGACAAUCUCUUUUUCCUCUUCUUGUUUCAUUUGGUAAAGUAUUCCAUUGAUGACUUAUUAACUUUCUUUUUCUUCUUUCCUCUUUUGUUUGGUAAAGUAUUCCAAUGAUUAGUUGUUGAAUCUCUGUGACAAUCUCAUCUUCUUAACUCUAAUGUCAGCAGAUGUAUUUUUCUAGUCUUUCUGCAUAACUUAUAUUUAUUUUGUAGGAUAUAAUCUCAUCCUGUAGCUUCCUUGUCUGUGUGUGUGUGUGUGUGUGUGUGUGUGUGUGUGUUCGCUGGACCAAGAAAUGUGCAUCAGUGAACAAGACAGCUUUACAGAGGACACAAUUAAGGAACAAAAUAAUUACUUUAAAAUAAAUAUAAAUGGAAGGAAGAGAGUGAAAAUAUUUUGAAAACAUAGACACACACACACACACACACACACACACACACACACACAGACACAGAAUGACAGGAAGCGUGGCAGAUGCAAUUUUUUCAUCUUUAUUUUUUAUUAUUAAGAAAGAAAACAACUACUUACAAAUAUUAGAACCCAGUGGAUGGCAUAUCUAGGGAAGGUAACUGAAUGGGGUGGCAGUUGAGUUAUGACCUUUGACCUCCUAACUGGCUGCUCUUAACAUAUAUUUUGGGGUGUUCGGAUGGUGUGUGUUAUGACCCUGUGACCCUAACUUAUCAUCAGGCAGUGUGUGUUAUGACCCUCCGACCCUAACAUGUAUUCCAGGAGUCAGAUAUGGAUGUUAGGAUGGCAGUGUGUGUUAUGACCCUCUGACUCCUAACGUAUCAUCAGGUAGUGUGUGUUAUGACCCUAACUUGUAUUCUAGGGGUCUGAUAUGGAUGUUAGGAUGGCAGUGUGUGUUAUGACCCUCUGACUCCUAACGUAUCAUCAGGUAGUGUGUGACCUUCCGACCCUAACUUGUCAUCAGGCAGUGUGUGUUAUGACCCUAAUGACUCAAACCUGAUAUGGGUGUUAGGAUGGCAAUGUGUGUUAUGACCCUGUGCCCUUAAUAACAUGUUUAAUUUGGGAGCCUCGGUGUGGUGUGGAAGCUGGUGUGUCGGUUGUUGUAUGUCGUGACUGUGGUCCUAAGUGGCCUCCCUGUGGUGGUUGUCUCAGUGGCCGUUGGUGGUGUGUUUCCGAGGCCUCCCUAUACACUAGUACGCUGCUGUGUGUUGCCGCCUGGUUGGUCUUCAGAUGAUAUUCUUUCACGAUGUUUUAUACUACGAUGAGGCUAUUUUCCUAGACCUGUAAAUGUUGCCAGAGAAGUUGAAUAUACGUGUUCUAAGUGGA